AGGCGGCGUUAGCCGCUUUGCUCGCGGACAUGUCUCGCGCUCCCAGCUGUUGGCUUGAGCGCAGUCCCGAACAUGGUCGUGUCCAAGAACCAGUUCACGUUGGACGCACGCAACGCGCACGGAAUCUCGUACGUUAGUUAGAGAGCGCUAACCGGCACGCAACAAGGAGCCAGAACAAUAGGAGAGCUUCUUAACUGAGACAGCGCGCCUGCGACGACGAGAGAGACCGGUGCGCCUUGGCACCGAGGGGAAGCGCAAAAACUUCAAGGACGAGCUCGGCAUCAUUUUUGCACAAAGACUCGGCACACUGUAAACGCUGGCAUGUCCCCGUGGACUGUUUUCUAUUGUAUGCGCUUGCGAUUAUAAACGCAAGAUCCAGAAUACGGCGAGGGAAGCGUGCGUGGUGCGUCCAAAGACCCAACCGCACCGAUGCUGGAAUGGCUCGUAGCGCUGUGCGUUGUGAUCCUGGUGGCCGUGACCUGGCCGCGCUCCGCAUAUUUCGGCACCAAGAGCCGGCCCGAUGCAUUGCCGAAGGGACCGGGGAGGAGCUCGCAACAGGGAACCGGGGACCAGGCCGGGGGACGCGUCUCGGAGCGAGACGGCGGCAGCGACGUUUCCACGACGCGCGCGGUGGCGCUGAUAUGCAAACCGUCCGCACUGGCCAACUACCUGCUGAAACACUGCAGGACUUUCACUAAUUACUCGCCGCGCGUCGGCUGGACGUGGCGGGCCAGCGCCUUGCUCCAGAGCGUGUACGAGGCGUGCUGGCCCUACGACAGCCCGGUCCAGUUCGUGCGGGACAACCUGCAGCUGAGCGACGACGGGCUGGUGGCCCUGGACUGGGCAGUGCCGUCCUACCAGAAACGACGCAGGACGUCCAGCCACUCCGCCAGCCCCGUUCUGCUCAUCAUCCCCAACUCUUUUGGGAAGUUCACGAGAAAUGUGUUGAAGUUGUGUGAAACGGCGCUGUCCCACGGCUACCUGCCAGCGGUCUUCAACCGCCGCAGCCACAACGGCACGCCGCUGACCACGCUCAAGCUGCAGCAGUUCGGUGACCCCGCGGAUCUGCGCGAGGCCGUGCGCUACAUUCGCCACAGGCAGCCCGCGGGGAGGCUGUACGCCGUCAGCGAGAGCACGGGCUCCGGCCUCCUCCUCUCCUACCUCGGGGAGUGCGGCUCGUCCAGCUACAUGACGGCUGCCGUCUGCCUGUCGCCGGUGUUCCGCUGCCAGAGCUGGUUUGAGAACGGGCUGUGCUGGCCUCUGCAGUGGGCGUUGGUGCUCUACCAGAAGGUCUGUCUGAGCAGGUACAAGACAGUGCUGGGUGAGAAGAUACAGACGGACGCUCUGUUUUCUAGCUGCUCCCUACGUGGCCUGGAGGAGGCCUUGUUCUGUCAGACAGGCCAGGUGGGCUCAGCACCAGCAGGCCCGGCUGGGACCAGCAGCACAUGUAACUUAGCUUCGUGCACCUGGGACAAUUACUGGGAACGCAACGAACCCUUGAGAGACGUGGACGAAGUGGCCAUUCCUGUCCUCAGCGUGUGCGCUCAGGACGACCCGGUCCGCGGCGACGCCCAAUCCACGGUGCCCUUUGAGCUCUUCGAGACGAACCCACAUUUCUUCCUCCUCCUGACUGACCGUGGAAGUCACUGCGGUUUCUCCGACCAGCCCGAGGCGGGCGCCGCCGCCGGGGCAUUCGGUGCGGCCGGUGGGACGGAGAGCCGUUGGACCAACUGGAGCCACAGAGCCCUGCUGGAAUUCUUCCGGGCGACCACAGACUUCUUCGCCGCAGAAGAGAGAGCGAAGCAGCUCGCUGCUCGGAGGAGGGGGAUGGGGGGAGGCGGAGGGGGGAGGGUUUUCCGCCACCGUAGCGUCAGCACGUGUAAACGGGUGCCAGCCUGUUCCCAUAACAUCCACGCCAUUUACAACUGGCAGAGGUCCUACACGCGAUGAGGGAGCCCAGCGGACGUUAAUGGAGGACACCAAGGCCUUAGAAUAAUGUUUAGAUGUGACACUCAGCCACCAGACGUUGAGAUAUCCAAAAAUAGAAGUGCAGAUGUUGUUAGGUAUUGAGAUCACGGAGAGCCUGUCAGUCCCACACACGUGAUGUGAGCCAUAAAACAUUCAGAAAGAAAAAGACCCAGACAGGCCACAAGCUCGCAUGUUGUAAAGUGUAACUGCUGCGCAGUCGUCAGUAAACUCUUUAGACAUUUGGCUUUAUAUUUUUCUACAGAAUUGGCUGGUAAAACGGGAGUAUUCUGUCACAGAUACAGUUACUGAUUCAUCGGCCUUACGUUUUACGUUUAGACAGGAAAUCUUGCCUUACCGCAGGAAACCAAAAGUGUUGGAUGUCUAGUUCAGAAAGGAAAAGAAAGUAAUUCUGUAAAAGUUGAAAGUUAACUUUCAGUAGCUAGAUUUCAGGUUUAAUGGAGUAAUCCAUUACACAUCAAAGAGAGGUUACUGUGUAUAUUAUUGCAUUUUCAUUUUCUUUUCUCUGUUGGGAAGUGUCCUGUGAUGCCCAGAGAAAAGGAAUUAUGUGUGACUGGCACCCAGUCAGAUUGAGGAAAAUCUUUAUCAUUUUUUAAUGAGCCGGGAAGCUGGAAGUCUUUGUGCCUUUUCCUGUUUCAUCAUUUAGACUUUCCCUUGUUGCUCAGGGUCUUACAGUCCUUGUAAAUGCUGUUAUUUAGGUUCGAAUUUCAUACAAACUCAAAUUAUAAAAAGGAAUACAUAUUGCAUCAAAAGUGUUCAGAGAAGUAACAUUUUAAAAAGCAGCUCACAAAUUGAAUUGAAAGCAAGCCAACAUUUAGCAUCAGGAAUCUGGUAUCAGGAACAUUUAUUACCAAAAUAUCUCAGACGUAAAAGAAUAAAAGGAGUAAAUGAAAUAAAAAGGACAACCUUGCGAUAUACUUCAUCUUUCUACUGCAGGUCAGUAAAUUUCUCAACCGACCAGCAAGUUGCAUGACAUCUCUUGCUCUCAGUUAUCCCUUAUUUUGUUUGGAUCUUCGGUCUUGUCCAAACGCGUCUGCGUAAAUUCUAACAGACAUUCCUCCUUAUUGCACAGUCUGUGUGAGUCAGACUGUGUGUUAGUGACAUUCAAUGUAGCAUUUGUCCCCCUACUGAGCGUGAUCCAGUCAGACAGCUGGAACACAGCAGAGUACACACAGACACACACCCAAAAUGUGCCAACACAAGUUGGCGCAUACAUGCCUGAUGUUCUUAUGCAGGCUGAUUAUCUACAGAGAGAAUCACGGCCUACGAGCCCUGCUAAUGACACCGUUCGGGCUGGAAUCAAAAAAUCAUCAUUGGUAUUGCAUUUGCAGAGGAAAAUGUAAUUUUGUAUUAUUCAAUUCCUCAAUCACAUUUCAGUGAAAGCCACAGCUCUUUAAUCUUAAAUGAAUCCCUUUGGUUCUCGUUUAGUUUCACGUCUUUAAAGACAAAACCUGAUAAUCAGAGGCCCUUUAUUGCAUUAAUACAGGUAGUUUAAAUGGAUUUAAUGGUUUUAAAAGAUUGAGAAAAAGGUAAAAAUUGAAUUCACGCUUGCAUCAAAGCCAUGGGUGUGUUUAGUAGCAAAAGAUGCCGAGAUGGUUGGAUGGUUCAUUUUGUGAACGAUCGUUUUCAUUGUGUCAUGCACAAAUUAUUUGCAGCAGCAUAUUGGUGUGCUCUAAAACACAUUUAAUAAUAACAUGUUGAUCGAUUAAAUCUGUGCCAGUGACGCUUGUGCUUUUCAUUGCAGGUAAAUCUUAUCAUUGGUGUCAUAAUGUGUCUGUUAAGAACAAACACAGCAGGAUGUCAAUCCAACAUGUAUCACGGUACCAGUUGGUGCAUCUUCAUGAUUUUACAGAAAUAAAGCAACCUCUUAGUUCUUCAUUGA